AUGGGCAACAGCCCUUCCAAAGGUCCAUCCGGCGAUGGACAGGCCGGCCAUAUCCCUCAUCAUGCAGCCGGCGAGCGCAAGAUAGUGCGUCGCACCUCGCUGAACGCCAUCUCGAAUCCAAAGGCGACCGCUGCCGAUCCCUCUGCCACCCGGGAGACAGCCGCCGGACAAUCCGCCGCCUACCAGGGCUCGGUGCAGCAACGGCUGCAAUCGCGAAACCCGGCUGAGUCCCCGACUAAAAGCACCAGUCGACCUCAAAAGUCCGAUCUGAAGAGGCCCGACUAUGCGCAAGGCAGGAAUAUGCCACCGCAAGACCACUCGAACCCGAUGCAGGUGCCCACCGCGCGCCAGGCCGCGGGGCGCGAUUCUGUGGCACCUUCGGGCCCGCCGCUGAGCUCGUACUAUAGCGCAUCGACACAUCUGCAACGACCGCCGCGCAUGCCAUUGCCCAUUGGCGAUGCUACGACCACGCCUGGCUCACCUAUCAGCGGACCCGAGGAUUCGCAUAUCCAGUCACUCCCGGCGGAUCAGAUUUUGGAUGAACAUUUGGACCCCGGAGCAUCUAAUUUGAGUAGUGCGACCUUGGACGGUGAUGAAAUUGUGGAUGAGCUGCAGCCGUAUGCUACUAGUGGGAUUGGGAAGGCAGUGCCUACUUAUAUCGAGUGGUCUGGACCAGGCCACAAGGUCUAUGUGACGGGUACCUUUGUCAAUUGGGAGAAGAAGUUCAAGCUGCACAGAAGUGAAGGCGAAGGCACCACCAUGUCGACAACGCUGAAUCUGCGACCCGGUACACACCACCUCAAAUUCAUCGUUGAUGGAGAAAUGCGAGCUUCGGAUACACUCCCCACUGCAGUCGAUUUCACCAACCACCUGGUCAACUACAUCGAAAUCAGCGCCGAUGAACAAGACAGCAUCCCGCCAGGUAUCCAUCCCGGACACACCUUGGCAGACAGCUCCAAGGACGGCCAAGCCGACGACGCAACGGACGACGCCCCUAAUAAAGAAGCCGAGGAAGAAGUACCUCCCGGUGAUUUUGGCCGGGCCAUUCCUCAAUUCCUCGCGGAUCUGGACAAGGACGAGGAUAGCGCUGCGUAUCUACAGGCGGCGAAUGUCAUCAACGACACUCCCACGCCUCCCAGUCUUCCGCUGUUCCUGGGUAAAUCGAUUCUCAAUAGCAAUACGCCUACCAAGGAUGAUAGCAGUGUGCUGAACUACCCCAAUCACACCGUUCUGAAUCAUCUUGCGACGAGCAGCAUUAAGAACGGGGUUCUGGCUACUAGUGUGACGACCAGAUACAAGCGCAAGUAUGUGACAUCCAUUUUGUACAAACCGACCGGCGACAUUACCGAGUGA